UUGACAAAUAGUGAAGUAAAGUGUGCAAUAUAGAGCCGCAGUGGAUUUAACAAUAUUUGGAGCGGGACCGCUAGAUUACUAUCCUUUCGUUUUUAAGUCUUUCCUAACUCUCCGCUGGCCCCUUUUUCUCAUUUUUGCUUUGAACUUUAAAAUACUUCUCCACAAAGAAAAAAUUCCCAUCAACUCCAGAUUUUUUCACUUCUUCCGAUCCUCAAUAAAAAUCUCCAUUUUUUUUCUUUUAGCUUUGUGCUUCCCUAGGAUUUGUUUUUUUCAAAGGCAAGCAGCCGCCACUAUGUCGUUGAGACCGAGCACGAGAACCGAGGCCCGCCGCAACCGCUACAAGGUGGCGGUUGACGCCGAGGAAGGCCGUCGUAGAAGGGAAGACAACAUGGUCGAGAUCCGUAAAAGCAAGCGCGAAGAGAGUUUACUAAAGAAACGCCGCGAAGGCCUACAAGCUCAACAAUUCGCUGCUUCUCUUCACUCCUCUAAUGUCGAAAAGAAGCUGGAGAGUCUUCCUUCGAUGGUUGCUGGCGUUUGGUCUGAUAACGGUGCUGCACAGCUGGAGGCGACUACUCAGUUUCGAAAAUUGCUUUCGAUUGAGCGAAGUCCUCCAAUUGAGGAAGUUAUACAGUCAGGCGUCGUUCCCCGUUUUGUUGAGUUCCUUGGUAGGGAAGAUUUUCCACAGCUUCAGUUUGAGGCUGCUUGGGCGCUUACGAAUAUUGCUUCUGGAACCUCAGACAAUACGAAGGUAGUAAUUGAUCUUGGUGCUGUUCCGAUUUUUGUAAAGCUUCUUGCUUCACCAAGUGAUGAUGUCCGCGAGCAGGCUGUGUGGGCAUUGGGGAAUAUUGCUGGUGAUUCCCCUAGAUGCCGUGAUCUUGUUCUCAGUCAUGGAGCUUUGAUGCCUCUAUUAGCACAGUUAAAUGAACAUGCUAAGCUGUCAAUGCUGAGAAAUGCGACUUGGACAUUAUCAAAUUUCUGUAGGGGCAAGCCACAGCCUCCAUUUGAGCAGGUGACACCAGCUCUACCUGCGCUUGAGCGUCUUGUUCAUUCAAAUGAUGAAGAAGUUCUGACUGAUGCCUGUUGGGCUCUCUCGUAUCUGUCUGAUGGUACAAAUGACAAAAUUCAAGCUGUGAUUCAAGCAGGAGUUUGCCCACGCCUUGUCGAGCUCCUGCUCAAUCCAUCUCCUUCAGUGCUCAUUCCUGCUCUUCGUACUGUUGGAAAUAUUGUGACUGGAGAUGAUUUACAGACUCAGUGUAUUAUUGAUCAUGGUGCAUUAGCAUGCCUUAUGAACCUAUUGACCAAUAAUUAUAAAAAGAGUAUCAAGAAGGAAGCAUGCUGGACUAUCUCAAACAUUACAGCUGGAAACAAGGAACAGAUUCAGGCUGUGAUCAAUGCUGGAUUAAUUGGGCCCCUGGUCAACCUACUUCAAAAUGCUGAAUUCGAUGUAAAGAAAGAAGCAGCAUGGGCAAUUUCAAAUGCUACUUCGGGUGGUGCCCAUGAGCAAAUCAAGUAUAUGGUCAGUCAAGGAUGCAUAAAACCACUGUGUGAUCUCCUUGCAUGCCCUGAUCCAAGAAUUAUAAUGGUCUGUUUAGAGGGGCUGGAGAACUUUUUGAAGGUUGGUGAAGCUGAGAAGGCCACAGGUGCUGUAGAAUUUAACUUCUGCGCCCAACUGAUAGAAGAUGCUGAUGGUUUAGAGAAGAUUGAAAAUCUACAGACUCAUGAUAAUAGUGAGAUAUAUGAGAAGGCAGUCAAGAUUCUAGAGACUUACUGGCUGGAGGAGGAUGAAGAGACGCUACCUCCUGCUGACGGUACUCAGCAAAGUUUUCAGUUUGGGGAGAAUGGGCUUCAAGUUCCAUCCGGUGGAUUCAACUUCAGUUGAAUGUUUGUACAGCGUAUCACUUUCUCUUCAUUUGCUGGGGCUAUUUUUUAUUGUUUAUUUGGUGAAGUUAACCGUUGACUCUACUGAUCUAGUUGUACUGAAACUGCAGGGUUUAUAGAAUAAACAGUUCGUAAUGCGGGUUACGACUGAUACUUCGGGUCGAAGUUUGGUCAGGGCACCAUGAUGUGUCUGGUUACAUAAAAGUCUGUCCAGAGUCCACUGUUGUGAAGAAGGUGCUUGGGUAAGUCUAUUGAGACCUGGUUUCCAGUACAGAGGGGAAUAGGUACCAUUGAGACCAGAAAAGUUGUGGGCAAGGUAUUUUGCUUGUCUUAAACCAAAAAAAUUACAUGUGAAAUAGUACAAUGCAAGGGCCUUGGGAGGUGUUUCUUAAGCUUGUCACUGUUUAUACAGCGCCCCUUUAGUGUAAACAGGCAUGCUAGUUUACCAGGUUUCGGUAUUUGCCUCAGUUGUUUUGAGUCCAGAGUUUUUCGGGUUUUAGAAGGUCAGUAUUUGUUGUCUCGUACCAUAAUGUGAUAUGAUAGUGUGAUUAAUAGUACACGAGUGGUAAAUGGGUUAAAAUUUCUAUAGAAGUGUGAUAAAAUGUGUCAUGUUAAGAUUCGAAUUACGUUCAAAACCAUAACUUAUUUUCCAUUUAUAUUUUAAUUUAUUUAAAAUAAAAACAGCUGUGAUAAAAAUUAAAAAAUUGUUUAAAAUAUUUAAGUUCUGUACCAACUAGUGUGUGCUAGUACAAAAAUUGUAUUUGAAGUACAUUGAAAUUUUGACUGGAAUAGAAUUUGAAUUAUUUGAUACCGAUUUAAAAUAAAAA